AUGCAUUUCACGGUACAAAGUUCCAAGUUUUUAACAACUCUUUAUUUGUUUUAUCUAGAAAACAAAGUGCUUGAGAAGGAGGUGCUCAAAAUGAAGUAUGUCGAUGAAACGGAUUGUGAAGAGUUCUAUCGGAGAGCACAGUUAAACUACAAGAAGAUGAAGCCGGUGUCUUCGACGUGUGCGGUAUCAGAGACGAUGCACGAGUCCUGCGUGUGGGACGCGGGAGCGGUGCUGAUCACCAGACAGUCAUGGGGUUACUGGAAACUGGUAUGGCAUUUUGUGCCUCAUGGUCUAGAUCAGGGAUUCACAAACUAUUGUGGCCUAGAAGAUUUCCAGAACAGUCAAAUGAGGCCUUAG